AGACAGAGGGAGGGCUGUGGGACGUCCGCUGGAAAAUGGAUUCUCAUUGGAGGCAAGAGGAACAAAGGUCGCUGUGGAUUCUUUUGGGGGAGAAAAUAGGAGGAACAAGUAGUGAACGUACUCGUUUCUGUGAUCAGGACUCUCACGAGGUGCGAUGGCCGCAGACAAGAGCUCUCGCAGAGGUGGACUGAGGUUCAUGACGUUGAAAUGGCUCAUCACGAUCCAGCUCCUGCUGACGGAACAAGUUCUGUGCAGAGUCCUGGAUCCACCGUCUCCAAGAAAAGAUCUGCUUCAAAACAGUGAGGCUCAAACUGGGCUGAAGGAAACAGACAAACGGAACCAGCAGGCGUCGCUGGGUCUCCGUUCCAGGCCCAGUUCCUUAUCUUCUCAAAGUGAUGCUCCUGUAUGGCAACAACAAACGUUGGAAGAACAACUGGUCCAGUCUGCCGAACAGUUAAUUUCAGACCUUAAAGAAAACCUCAAAAUUCAAGAACGUCUUAACCUCAACGGGAACAUCAGCUGUGGAGAACUUUUGUCUGCGAGUGCAGUGGACGACUCUUUGGCUUCCACGUUUCCUCAGGAGCUGCUGGGUCUUUCUCUGGUGCCCGUGAUGGUUUGGGCAGGAUGUCCAGAGGAGGCACAGACCCUGGUGCUGAAGCUGUACGAUCUCCUGGGAGAGACGGAUACAAAGGAUCUCCUGAUGGAGCUGAAAAGUGAGCUGGAGCGUCAGAUGAGAGUGUCGUCAUCACCGACGUCACCUUCAAAAAGGAAUCAAGAAGAGCGCCACAUAGAGGCUGUGAUGUUCAACAUCCAGCAGCUGGUGAACGCAGGAGAAGACACCACUGUGCUUGAAGGACGAUGCGGCGCUUGGACCAGAGUGAAUGGAACGACGCUGGUGGGGACAGCUGUGGACGGACCCACAGGUGGACGAGAGGAGGCGAUAAAGAGCUGCGAGAGACUAGGAGUCCUGUGUGCUGGUGUGACCAGGAGUGGAGGGAUCACCGCAGACAGGUACCAGGCAGUGCAGCAGAAAGGGAGUCGUAUCCUGCCGUCUGCCUCCUCAGAGUCCGAGUGUUGGAUCCGUCAGUGUAGUGUAAAUGAGGUCGCUUCAGGUCAAAGGUUGAGACGCAGUCUUCAGAAGAACUGCAUAAACAGCGAGGAGAAGCGAGUGUAUCAGGUGGUGGAGUGGAUCCCUGCGGUCAGCACCCUCUACAACCUGGGAACAGCAGUGUACUACGCCGCGCUCAACUGCACCGAAACAGCCAAGGAGAGAGCGCUCCUCAGUGCUGUGGACCUGGGCACAGACGCGAUCAUGGUGGCCACGGGGGGAACUGCAGGAGUGGCGGGUUACGCUCUAGGUGCGGGGGUGAAAACUGGUGUGAAGGCAGGGGUCAGGUACAUGCUGACCUCCAUGAGGGAGGAUGAUGACAUAAAGGUGAACCAGUUCAGCUGGGAUGAUGGUGACAUCAUCAUGCAGUAAACUCCAGGGUCGGGUUAUCUUCAUUUCACCUGUGAAGUUUUGGAUAGAUUUAUUGUUCUAACAUUUUGACAAUCUUCACCAGCUGAUAAAAAGUGAACAACUUUCUUUGUGUUUUUUUUUUCUAAUUAUAUAACUCUAAUGACAUCUGAUAUUAUGUUUCUAUUUUGAAUCUGUAACUUUAGGUAAGUUUGGGUUUUUCUGAGAAAAACUAUCCAGCCUACAGAAUUCAAGCCCUGUCACCAGAAACGUUGGUGCAUUUUCCAAAAAGUCAACAAAUCUGUCAUUUGGUACUGGACUUGAACCUUCACUUGACUUCCUUCACAUAUUUGUACUUUAAGUCUGCAUAUCGGGGGAAAAAAAUUAAUAAAAAAAGUUGAACACAA